CACCUGGUGACACAUUUGACGCAACAUUGGUGACCGGUAGUGACGCGAUGAUGGUAAUGUGUAGCGGAAACUACUGCAGCUUUUGUUUUGAUUAGGGAAAUCAUCAGCUAGCAAUCGUUUUCUAGAUUUGUUCAUAAAGGAUUACAUCACAGUCUGAGGAGACAUGGAGGAGCAGACAGGCUCACCUGGAGGGAACACUGACAACAGCAGCCAGAGAAAUGGAGAUGAGAAGUCCAGACGAGGCAGCUGGACUAAGGGAAGGAAGAGGAAGAAGCCUGUGAAGGACAGCAACGCCCCCAAGGCUCCCCUGACCGGCUAUGUUCGCUUCAUGAAUGACCGCAGGGAACAGCUGAGGGCAGACAGGCCCGAUGUUCCCUUCCCAGAGAUCACCCGGAUGCUGGGCAACGAGUGGAGCAAACUGCCCCCCGAGGACAAGCAGCAUUACUUAGACGAGGCAGAGAGGGAUAAGGAACGCUAUAUGCGGGAGCUGGAGAAAUACCAGAAGACAGAGGCCUACAAGCACUUCACCAGGAAGGUCCAGGAGAAACAGAAGGGCAAGAGGCAUCGUGGAGAUGGUGGUCACCAGGUAGCCAGUGAGUCUCUUCACGAGAAGGACACAGAUGGGAAAGAGCGGUCUGUGUUUGACAUUCCCAUCUUCACUGAGGAGUUUCUCAACCACAGCAAAGCGCGCGAGGCGGAGAUGCGCCAGCUCCGCAAGACUAACAUGGAGUACGAGGAGCGCAACGCCGCCUUGCAGAAGCAUGUGGAGAGCAUGCGUGGCGCCGUGGAGCGUCUGGAGGGCGACGUGAUGCAGGAGAGGGGCCGCAACGGCCUCCUACAACAGCACCUGGAGACCUUGCGCCAGGCGUUGACCUCCAGUUUCUCCUCAGUGGCUCUGCCUGGCAGUGGGGAGACCCCCACCCUGGACACCAUUGACUCCUACAUGAAGCGGCUCCACAGCCUCAUCCUCGCUCACCCCCAGGAGCACGACCACCUCAUCAGCACGGUCAGGGACGUGGUUAACCGUCUGGACAGGUAAAAAUCUAAGACAUAUUUGGAUUCGUGGGAUUGUUGAUCUGUGUGGAGGCCAUGCGUAAUGCCAACUGAGAACACAAGCAUUAUUCCAUCACUGACACUUCUGGUCCAAGAGGAAACUGUCACUUGUUCGCUUUUUUUUAAGCCUUUUAUGAACGUGGUUAAGUGUUGACUAUUUAUUGUCUUUUUUUACAACAAUUUUUUUAUCUGUCUACAAUCUUUUAUAUAGCUGUAGUUGAUGGUUUUGUAUGACUAUGGAAUCCUAUAUUUGUUCCAUCCAAAUAUAUGACACGAUAAUGUCAUCCAUUCCAGCACACAGUAGUAUGCUGGUGUGUUGAAGUCUGAAUUUAUUUAUUUUAAGCCAAGAUUUUUGUUGUAUUCUUUAGUCAUCUUUACAUGUCUUGUGUAGUUGUAUGUCAUUAAGGCACUUGUGUAUUCCUCAAUUAACCUAAUUCAACCUCAUUUCAAACAAUAACCUUAUUAACCUGAUUGUAAUUGGGUUAAAAUUAUUGAACCUAAUUUAAAAAAUGUUGUGCCAGUCCAUAAAUGUUUUGUUAAAGUUGUGAGUAAAACAACUGUUGUCUUCAAUUAAUAAAAAUGUUGAUCAACAUUCAGUAUGUUGACACACACACUAAAGUACAGUGC